ACAGGAGCAGGCAAAAGCUCUGUCAUCAACCUGAUGAUUGGCCAACAGAUUCCGCACGUAUCGCCCAACUCUCGCCGCUGGACUCCGAGUCCGUAUUGGACAGAGUACCAAAUAACCUUCGAGAAUGGGACUCGAUACAAGGUGUUUGAUACGGUCAGCCUCAAAUUCAAAAAGCCCCCCCAUCUACAAACCGCAGAGUACCUCUCCAAAAUUUCUGAUGCAUACCGCCCCAUCAACACUUUGAAAGAACUUGGAUGCAGAGUCACGGCAACCAUGCAGAGCAGCUAUGGCCCGUUAUUCUUCGAAUUUCUCUGCGAGGAAAAUGUCCCACUCGUGCUGGUCAUCACAACCUGGAAAGAGAGACAAAGAUGGAAGACCGGUACAUGCGGAAUAUGGCUACCUGAGGAAGUAUAA